AUGUUGAAGAAUUCAGGCUCCAAACAUUCGAACUCAAAGGAAAGUCAUUCGAAUUCGAGUUCUGGUAUAUUCCAAAAUUUGAAGCGUUUGGCUAACUCAAAUGCAACGAAUAGCAAUACGGGUUCUCCGACCUAUGCAUCCCAACAACAGCACUCUCCAGUGGGAAACGAAGUGUCCACUUCACCUGCAUCUUCGUCAUCUUUUAGAAAACUGAAUGCACCUUCUAGGUCUACAUCUACUGAGGCGAGGCCGUUGAAUAAAAAAUCGACAUUAAACACACAAAACUUGUCUCAAUAUAUGAAUGGUAAAUUAAGUGGAGAUGUUCCCGUAUCCUCACAGCACGCAAGGUCGCAUUCAAUGCAAUCGAAAUAUUCGUAUUCCAAGAGGAAUUCUUCACAGGCGUCCAAUAAGCUAACAAGGCAGCAUACCGGGCAAAGUCACUCCGCAUCAAGUCUUCUCUCUCAAGGUUCGCUAACUAACUUGAGCAAAUUCACUACACCCGAUGGUAAAAUUUAUUUAGAAAUGCCGUCGGACCCAUACGAGGUGGAAGUUUUGUUUGAAGAUAUUAUGUAUAAAAGAAAUAUUUUUCAGUCUUUAUCAGAGGACAAACAAGAAGCUCUGAUGGGCUACAGCAUUGAGAAGAAAUGGCUGAUUGUUAAGCAGGAUUUACAAAAUGAGCUAAAAAAAAUGCGAGCAAACACUACAUCUUCUUCCACUGCCUCCAGAACUUCGAUGGCGUCGGACCAUCAUCCUAUCCUUACGGCUAAUUCAUCUCUUUCGUCUCCCAAAUCUGUUUUGAUGACAAGCGCCUCUUCUCCCACCUCAACUGUAUACAGCAACAGUUUAAAUCAUUCUACUACUCUUUCAUCGGUAGGUACGUCAACCUCGAAGGGGAAAAAAUUAGUGAGCGGGAGUUUGAAAAAGCAGCCAUCUCUAAACAAUAUUUAUAGAGGUGGGGCUGAGAACAAUACGAGUGCAUCUACUCUUCCAGGAGACAGAACAAACAGACCACCGAUACAUUAUGUGCAACGAAUCCUGGCAGACAAACUUACUAGCGAUGAGAUGAAAGAUUUAUGGGUAACUUUAAGAACUGAACAGUUAGACUGGGUAGACGCUUUUAUAGACCAUCAGGGUCACAUUGCUAUGGCUAAUGUACUAAUGAACUCUAUUUAUAAGACUGCACCCCGAGAAAACUUGACUAAAGAAUUAUUAGAGAAAGAAAAUUCAUUUUUUAAAUGCUUCAGAGUCUUAUCAAUGCUCUCACAAGGUUUGUAUGAGUUCAGUACACAUAGGUUAAUGACUGAUACUGUUGCAGAAGGUUUAUUCUCUACGAAACUGGCCACAAGGAAAAUGGCCACUGAAAUUUUUGUUUGUAUGCUAGAAAAAAAAAAUAAAAGCAGAUUCGAAGCAGUUCUUACCUCACUAGAUAAAAAGUUUAGGAUAGGGCAAAAUCUUCAUAUGAUUCAAAACUUCAAAAAAAUGCCCCAGUAUUUCUCUCAUUUAACCUUGGAAAGUCAUUUGAAAAUUAUUCAAGCCUGGUUAUUUGCCGUUGAACAAACUUUAGAUGGAAGAGGAAAAAUGGGUUCCUUAGUAGGCGCGUCGGAUGAAUUUAAAAAUGGUGGGGGUGAAAAUGCGAUUCUAGAAUACUGCCAAUGGACAAUGGUUUUUAUCAAUCAUUUAUGCUCUUGCUCUGAUAACAUAAAUCAAAGAAUGCUAUUAAGGACGAAACUAGAAAAUUGUGGAAUUUUACGAAUUAUGAACAAAAUAAAACUGCUAGAUUACGACAAGGUAAUUGACCAAAUUGAGUUAUAUGACAAUAAUAAACUUGACGAUUUUAACGUUAAAUUAGAGGCCAACAAUAAGGCUUUUAAUGUAGAUUUACACGAUCCACUAUCAUUAUUAAAAAACCUUUGGGAUAUAUGUAAAGGUACCGAGAAUGAAAAGCUUUUAGUAUCUUUAGUUCAACAUCUUUUCCUUUCUAGUUCAAAGUUAAUAGAAGAAAACCAAAAUUCCUCUAAACUUACUAAGCAAUUGAAACUUAUGGAUUCUUUGGUGACUAAUGUUAGUGUUGCCUCAACUUCUGAUGAAGAAACUAAUAUGAAUAUGGCUAUCCAGCGGCUUUACGAUGCCAUGCAGACUGAUGAAGUUGCACGUCGAGCUAUAUUAGAAAGUAGAGCUCUAACGAAGAAAUUGGAAGAAAUUCAGGCAGAAAGGGAUUCUUUAAGUGAAAAGUUAAGCAAGGCGGAGCACGGACUCGUUGGACAGUUAGAAGAUGAGUUGCAUGAGAGAGAUCGUAUUUUAGCUAAGAAUCAGAGAGUUAUGCAGCAGCUGGAAGCUGAGUUAGAAGAGUUGAAAAAGAAGCAUCUUUUGGAAAAGCAUCAGCAAGAGGUAGAAUUGAGAAAAAUGUUGACUAUAUUGAAUUCGAGGCCUGAAGAAAGCUUCAAUAAGAAUGAAGGCACCAGAGGUAUGAACUCGAGCCUAAAUUCUUCAGAGAAAGCGAAUAUCCAAAAGGUGUUACAGGACGGAUUAUCAAGAGCAAAAAAGGAUUACAAGGAUGAUUCAAAAAAAUUCGGCAUGACACUUCAACCUAAUAAGAGAUUAAAAAUGUUAAGAAUGCAAAUGGAAAAUAUUGAAAAUGAAGCCAGGCAACUAGAGAUGACAAAUUUUGCUGAAUUUGAGAAAGAUCGUCUUGAACCUCCAAUACAUAUUAAGAAGCCCAAAGUGAAGAAGAUGAAAAAUAAGGAUAGGAAACCUUUAGUCAAGCCUCAAGAGGCGGACGUAAAUAAACUAAAUGACCUAAGGCGGGCUUUGGCUGAAAUCCAAAUGGAAAGUAAUGAUAUUUCCAAAUUUAACGUCGAAGAACGUGUUAAUGAGCUAUUUAAUGAAAAGAAAUCUCUGGCUUUAAAGAGACUGAAAGAACUAGAAACAAAAUACAAAGGAUUUGGUAUUGACUUUAAUGUCGACGAGAUUAUGGACAGUCCAAAGAAAAAUACUGGGGACGUGGAAACGGAAGAAGACGCUAACUAUGCCAGUCUUGACCCUAAGACAUAUCAGAAAAAGUUAGACGAGAUUAAUAGAAUAACGGACCAGUUGUUAGAUAUUCAGACUCAAACCGAACACGAAAUACAAGUAGAAGAAGAUGGGGAAAGCGAUCUUUCCUCUUCAAGUUCUGAUGAUGAAAGUGAGGAAAUAUACCAAGACGCAUCUCCAACUCAAGAACUAAGGAGCGAACACUCAGAGCUAUCUUCAGGAUCAGGUCCUGGGUCUUUUCUCGAUGCCUUAUCUCAAAAAUAUGGUACUGGUCAAAAUGUUACUGCAUCGGCUGCUUUUGGAGAGAACAAUAACGGUUCGGGUAUUGGACCUCUACAUAGUAAAGUUGAAAAGACCUUUAUGAACAGACUCAGAAAAUCCACCGUGUCUUCUGCUCCAUAUUUAGAGGAGUUAACACAGAAGGUAAAUAAAGUUGAACCAUAUGAACAAAAUGAAGAUGAAGGUCUAGAUAAAAAAUCUUUACCGGAAAACAGCACGGCAAGUGCAGCUUCCGCCUUUGACAAAGCUGAGAAAGACAUGAGACAACAUGUGGAAAACGGAAAGCAAGGGCGUGUGGUAAAUCAUGAAGAAGAUAAAACAGCGGAUUUCAGCGCUGUGAGUAAACUGAAUAAUACAGAUGGCGCAGAAGAUCUCUCUACUCAAUCAUCUGUACUCUCCUCACAGCCGCCACCGCCUCCUCCUCCUCCUCCUCCAGUUCCCGCCAAAUUGUUCGGUGAAUCGUUGGAGAAAGAGAAAAAGUCGGAAGACGACACUGUCAAGCAAGAAACUACUGGGGAUUCUCCUGCUCCUCCCCCUCCACCACCACCACCUCCUCCUCCACCCAUGGCAUUGUUCGGCAAACCCAAGGGAGAAACACCACCACCGCCGCCGCUACCAUCUGUAUUAUCUUCAUCUACUGAUGGCGUCAUUCCGCCAGCUCCACCUAUGAUGCCGGCAUCGCAAAUCAAAUCAGCUGUAACAUCACCAUUACUUCCUCAAUCGCCCUCAUUAUUUGAAAAGUAUCCUCGUCCACACAAGAAAUUAAAGCAACUGCAUUGGGAAAAAUUAGAUUGUACUGAUAAUUCUAUUUGGGGUACAGGUAAAGCUGAGAAGUUCGCAGAUGACUUAUACGAAAAGGGUGUUCUUGCUGAUUUAGAAAAGGCCUUUGCCGCUAGGGAAAUUAAAUCAUUAGCAAGCAAGCGCAAGGAAGAUCUGCAGAAAAUUACAUUUUUAUCCAGGGAUAUUUCUCAACAGUUUGGUAUCAAUUUGCAUAUGUAUUCAUCACUUUCGGUUGCCGAUCUGGUGAAAAAGAUUCUAAACUGCGAUAGGGAUUUUUUGCAAACACCGAGUGUUGUUGAGUUUUUGUCAAAAUCUGAAAUAAUUGAAGUUUCUGUUAAUUUAGCUAGGAAUUACGCCCCGUAUUCGACAGACUGGGAGGGCGUGAGGAAUCUCGAAGAUGCCAAGCCCCCUGAAAAAGAUCCAAACGAUUUACAGAGGGCUGACCAAAUUUAUUUGCAAUUGAUGGUUAAUCUAGAAUCAUACUGGGGUUCACGUAUGAGAGCUCUCACAGUGGUUACUUCGUAUGAAAGAGAAUAUAAUGAGUUAUUGGCAAAGUUAAGAAAAGUCGACAAAGCUGUUAGCGCGCUUCAAGAAUCAGAUAACUUGCGCAAUGUCUUUAAUGUUAUCUUAGCAGUUGGUAAUUUCAUGAACGACACUUCUAAGCAGGCACAAGGUUUCAAACUUUCAACCUUGCAGAGGUUGACGUUUAUCAAGGAUACUACCAAUAGCAUGACCUUUCUAAAUUACGUCGAAAAAAUUGUCAGGUUAAAUUAUCCAAGCUUCAAUGACUUUCUAAGUGAAUUAGAACCUGUAUUGGAUGUCGUGAAAGUUUCCAUUGAGCAGUUAGUUAACGACUGUAAGGACUUUAGCCAAUCGAUUGUAAACGUAGAGCGUUCAGUUGAAAUUGGUAAUUUAAGCGAUUCCUCAAAGUUUCAUCCAUUAGAUAAAGUUUUGAUAAAAACAUUGCCCGUGUUACCGGAAGCCAGAAAAAAGGGGGACUUGUUAGAAGACGAAGUUAAGCUGACUAUCAUGGAAUUUGAAAGUCUGAUGCAUACGUACGGUGAAGAUUCUGGUGAUAAGUUUGCAAAAAUCUCAUUCUUUAAGAAAUUUGCAGAUUUUAUAAAUGAAUACAAAAAAGCUCAAGCGCAAAAUCUAGCCGCGGAAGAAGAAGAAAGACUUUAUAUAAAGCAUAAGAAAAUAGUGGAAGAACAGCAAAAAAGGGCACAAGAAAAGGAAAAACAAAAAGAGAACAGCAAUUCGCCUUCAUCUGAAGGAAAUGAAGAGGAUGAAGCAGAAGAUAGGCGCGCUGUUAUGGAUAAACUAUUAGAACAGUUGAAAAAUGCAGGUCCUGCUAAAAGUGACCCAUCUUCCGCCAGAAAGAGAGCCCUAGUGAGGAAAAAAUAUCUUUCUGAAAAAGACAACGCUCCACAAUUACUCAACGAUUUGGAUACUGAAGAAGGGUCUAUUCUUUAUUCUCCAGAAGCUAUGGACCCUACUGCCGAUACAGUGAUUCACGCUGAAUCACCCACUCCGCUUGCCACAAGGGGUGUUAUGAAUACCUCUGAAGAUUUACCAUCGCCAUCCAAGACAUCUGCGCUGGAAGAUCAAGAGGAAAUUAGUGACAGAGCUAGAAUGUUAUUAAAGGAGCUAAGAGGCUCUGACACACCAGUAAAGCAAAAUUCCAUACUCGAUGAACAUCUAGAAAAAUUGAGGGCCCGCAAGGAAAGAUCCAUAGGUGAGGCUAGCACAGGUAACAGGCUAAGUUUCAAAUAA